GGUUAAUCUGUGGUUAGGUAGGAACCUUACCACCACAUGUUCUGUUUAAGCGGGUUAAUUUUAGAUAUUUGUGUACCCAACGAAGCCAACAGUUUCUUUCAAAGCUUUAUUUUAUGAGAGAUGUAAAAUUACUACACCUAUAUCUUGGAUGUUUUGUAGUUUGAGUAUAUAACUGGAGAGAAAACAAGGAAGGAGAAACGAUCAUAAAAUGAGAAGGCAAAAUUGAUUACUUCAGAAUUGCAUGUGGUAGUAUCUCUUUGACCUUAUUGGAACACAAGGAACAUGUUGAAACAGCAAGAAAAAUUAUUCCCCUUUGCCCUGUAACACAAUCAAAUCGUGGCUGUCUUUGGAAUGAUGCAUUUGCCAGUGAACAAUCGAGGAGGAACAAGGCCUGUUAGCUGAAAUGAUGCAAGCGAUUUAUAAUGGCCUGGAGAUAUAGGGCUAGAGAAUCUUCAAGGCUUUAUUUUAAAGGCAAGUGAGACUGCUUCAAAUAAAACAACUCUAAGCUUCCAAGAAACAGUGAAGAGAAGGCAGAGACGAGCAGAAACCGCUUCAGUCACACUCACGUGGUUGCCAUGGACCUGCACAAGCAGUGGGAGAGCACAGGGACUGCCUGGCACAAGGAAAAGAUGGAGUUACUGGACCAGUUUGACAAUGAAAGGAAGGAAUGGGAAACCCAAUGGAAGAUCAUGCAGAAGAAGAUAGAAGAGCUUUGCCAUGAAGUAAAGCUUCGGAGGAAAAUCAACAUGAGUGAACGUGCCAAGGCCAUUGAUCUUGAUCGUGAGAAAGCCAUGCAAGAUAAAGUGGUGGAAUCUUCUCCAAAGUACCCCAAUUCGGGACCAUGCGAAUUUACAGGGAUGAAUCACAGGGCCGGUCUGGAAAAAGACAAUAAAACAGAGCAGAGCUUACUCAGUGAAGGAAAUCAAGUGUGUAAGGAACAAAAAGCAACCAAAAAAUUAAAGGUAGGGUUUAUGGAUCCCCUGGCCACAGACAGGCAAAAGGAAUGUGAGGCCUGGUCUGACCUGAGGACUUCUGAGGAAGCGAGCAAGAGCUGUUCUGGCGCCCUCAACACAGCUCUUGAAGAACUUGCCAAAGUCAGUGAAGAAUUAUGCAGCUUCCAAGAGGAAAUCCGAAAGCGGUCUAACCAUAGAAGGAUGAAGUCAGAUUCUUCUCUCCAAGAAAUGCCACAUAUAAUGAACAUGUCCCCUGGAGACCAUGGGAUCAACAAUGGCCAGUGUGUUCUUCCGAUCAGUUUAGAAAAAGAAAAACAGAAAAAUAGAAAGAAUCUGAGUUAUACUGACAUGCUCCAAAGCAAUUUUAUGAAAACAUGUGGAAUUGAUACAAUUGAUCCAAUACAAAGAAAUGAAACUCCACCAGUUCCUCCUCCAAGAAGUACAUCUCGAAGUUUUCCCAGUGUGUAUCCUGAACAAGCCCAUGAAAGUUUGAAGGAAAGUUUAGGCCACAAUAGCCAGGUGGUCCAAGAGGGUCAAGGUGAAAGGAACUGCAGUCCUCAUGUCCUCCUGAGGCAUGACGAGAUGCCUACACUGUGUCUAAAUGAAGGGAAGACUUUGAAAGAUGGUAUCAUCUUUUCUUCUUUGGCACCUGAAGCCAAAAUGGAUAACCAGCCUCCAUGUAGUGAAGAUGUUGGAUGUGGCAUGUGGUCUUACGACACAGUGAUAGGCACAAAAAAUAGCCCUUCUACCUUGUGGUUUCAGAAAACCUGUUCUACUCCCAAUAAGUCAAAAUAUGAAAAGAUGACCCCAGAUCAUCCUGCUAAAUUUCACUCUGACCUUCACGUAAGCGAUGACUAUAGUUCCUUGGUGACACAGAGCAGUGGCCCGCUUAGAAGUUUCAGUUGUGGCUUUGAAAAGACUACUAGGAAUGAAACACUGGCAGCAAAGACUGAUGAAUUUAAUAGAACCGUGUUCCGAACAGAUAGAAAUUGUCGUGCAGUACAGCAAAACCAAAGCUACUCAGAAUCGUCUCAAGAUCUUAAGCCCUGUGAUACCUUAAUUACUCGUAUAGGCAACAUACCAGAAAAUGACAAUGUGUCUGGUAUUCUGAAAACCAGUGCCCACGUGCCCGUGCCUAGAGAAAAUGUGCCUGAUAAUCCCACCAAAAGAUCCACAACAGGCCCAGUCAGACAAACACAGGAGCACGUAACUCCCAGUAGUUACCGGAAUAUGCUCCACGAGCAUGACUGGAGACCUAGCAAUUUGUCUGGCCGACCAAGAUCAGCUGAUCCUAGGUCGAAUUACGGUGUUGUGGAAAAGCUGCUGAAAACCUAUGAGACAUCAACAGGGCCUGUAUUGCAAAAUUCUAAAUGCUGCCAGGAUAAUUGGACCAAAUGUAAUUCUGAUGUCAGUGUUGGGGCCACAUUAAGUCAGCAUUUAGAAAUGCUCCAAAUUGAACAAGAGCUUCAAGGAAAAACAGCUUUGUGUAGGGCACAACAAGUGAAGCAAGGAGUGGACUGGAAAAAGAUAACAGAGGAAUCCAUGGCCAUGAAAUGUUCACAUGGAAAAGGAUUUUCCCGUCCAGCUAGACCGGCAAAUCGCCGUCUCCCAUCCAGAUGGGCGUCGAGAUCUCCAUCGGCGCCCCCCGCCUUGAGGAGAACUGCCCAAAGCUGUACUAUUUCUCUGCGAUCUGAAGCACCAAUGGUCUAAGUCUCUGGCCUGAAUUGCUAGAUUUCAAAAAUCCCAGUUGCCAAACAGAUAAUUCUAAGUGUUUACAGGCAAUCCUGUCUCUUCGGUAUCUUUCAAGAUUUCUGGGACAAUUUAAAUCUUAACUUCUCAUCAGUCUUCAGUGUUUUUAAUCUAUGGAAUAAUUAUCCUCCUACAUGUUGAUUUCUUAGAUCAGAAUUUUUUAAUGCCAUCCUCAUUAAUUUUCCAAUAUGAUUUAAGUUGAAACAGUGUACUAUAUUGUAUAUACCAACUUUCUUGCAAGUGGCAGAAAGCAAGGUUAUGUGCAUGGCCGUGUGUUUGUAGGUGCAUGUGUUGAAGUAGGAAGUAUCCUAGUGUGUAUUUAGAUAAGAGAACUUAUGUGUUAGCGUUGACUUUGAAAUUAUAACAUGUAUACCUAUAUAUUCUUUGUGUUUAUUUAACUUUUUUGAAAAUAUACAGUACUAUUUAUAUUUUGUAUACCUUUUCCUAGGUAUCCACUUACAGCAUAUGAAGUACAUAUAUUAACUGACAAUUUCCUUGGCCCAACUACAUUGAAAAAUAAGAAUUAUACACAUAUCUAUAUUGGUAGAUUUCUAUGUGCAACUCAUAAAUAGUUUCUUAACCCAUAUAAGGAUAAUACCACUGAUCUCCUGUUUUACUCUUUUAAAUAAAUAAAAUUGUCACAGGUUUAAUAGAUCAGCCUUCUAAAGCAAACAUAAAAUGUUCACAAAAGCUUUUAUAUGCCAUUUGGUAGUCUAUUAUGGCUUUAAAUAUAUACUUGCUCCUCAGAGCUAGUAUCAUGAGACUGCCUUAUAAACAACAUGACUUAAAAUGAAUUAUUUUGUCAAAUUCAGUAACAAACAUCCUUUAAAUAGGAUAUAAAAAGAAAUGAAAUUAUGUUGAAUUCUACCCUUUAUUAAAAUUGUAGUAAGCUUUAGUUCAGCUACUUUAUUUGGAGUCACUCAUCUUUAGAGGUAAGUCAUUUAUUUUUUCCUAAAAUUAGUAGGUAAAAUAUUAAUUUACUUCUUUGUGAACAAGGAAGAUAAGGAAUGAUGUCUUAUUGAGGGCUGAACUGUACUGUAUUUCUUAUAGUGUGCUACAUAAAAAAGCCUUAAACUAAACUUUGGCACCCAUGGGUAGCAUAAGGGGUGGAAACAUUUUUUGGCCACAAUGUGCGUACAGCGGACACAUAAAAUCUGUAUUGGAAACUGACAGAUAUAUGAAUGUUGAGGAGCACGGAAUCUCUUAGAAGCAAUUUUGCUCUCCAUUGUGUCUGUAUAAAACCAACCAUAUUAUUAGAUAUUAAGUCUAUUUAAGCUUUUCUUUGACUACCAAAAAGGUCAAGAAAUUCUUAUGACAGAAGUAUCCAAAGAGCCUUCUCCUUAUGAUAUAGUCUAGCAAUUUAGAGAAAUUCACUUCAUAAUACACCAAGUAAAUAAUUUCCAAAUCCCAGACUGCCUUAACAGGCUCAAGACUGUUGCAUGGUGUUGGACAGAUUUAUACUUUCCAAUAAGGGAGUUUCUAGGAGUUGAGCGGAGUUAAACUUCUAGAAUGUGAGGUUGGAGCAGAUGGUAUCGAUCCACUCUUUUCAUUCUUGUUUCUUUCAGGAAUAUCCUUUUCCCUAGGAGGGCUAUCAGAGAAAAAUAACCUAGACACAGGUGAUGUCAUUCAUAUAAUAUGUAUUUCACACAGGAGGGAGAAAACAAUAGGGAGGUGGUAGCAUCAAAUGAUGGACCUGUUAGGAAGAUGCUGCUGUGUAACCUCGGAGAGCCUGCCCAAGAACUGUACAACAUUCCUGAGCCUCUGCGUCACUGUAUCCCAGGUAGUUUGCUGUGGAUCUGUGGUUCUGGCCUUUAAGUUCAAGUCAGAAUAUUGAGGAUCUCUUACAAAAUUAGAUUUCUGACCUCACCCCAUAAUUACUAAAGCAGAUUUUCCAGAUGUGGGGAGUGGGAAUAUGGAGUUUUUAAUACAACAAAACAAAUAAAAAAUCAAAAUUAUUUGAUGAUUAGGAAGAUAUGGAAGGAAUGGCAUUGAUACCCAAAUGGUUGGGUAGCCACAUUACUUCCUUGGGACUUGCCUUUGUUAUCUAUAAAUUAAAAGUGUUAUAUAUUAGGCUUUAUAAUUUUAAGCCAUGUUUUCUAUUAACGAUUUAAACAGUGGAACACAAUUUAACACGUUGGCUAAAAUCAUAAAACAUUAGAGCUGAAAAAACUUAGCAUUUAGUACAUCCCCUUGGUUGUAAAGAUGAAGAAACUAGAACAAAGAUUACAUGAAUGCUCUGCUUUCUCUUUUAGAGUAUUUUGUAAAUUUUAAUGGAAAAACUUAUUAAGGAAAUUACCCUUGAAAAAUAUUUUUGAUGUAUUGUGAUUUUUAAUGAGUAGUUUUUAUUUCAGAUGGGCAUUUUCUUUCCAACACCAUACCCUUCAUUAUGCCAUCAUUGAGUGAUUUAAGGGAUUUGUAAACAUUUUUGAAAUAUUUGGUUAGAAAUACUUGUAUCAUGAAAGUUUCCCCUAGCAGGCUUUGGAGAGGAAAUCUUAAUUAUUUCAACCGAGGAUUACUGAAAUUAUGGGUUAUCUCAGAAAGGAAUAAGAAUCCUUUAGUUUGUGUGUGUGUGUGUGUGUUUGUGCCUGUGUGUGCAUGUGUCUAACACUUGCACAAGUUCUCUAUAAACCCUUAUGUCAAAGCCAAAUAUAAAAUAUAAAUGGUAUUUGCAUAAUUCACCUUAUCAAAAAUUAUCUAUAGCUUUUCUGUUUUUGCAAUAAAGAUGGCCAAAUUAUCAUGCACAAAACAUGAUUAUCGUCUACAUAGAGGAUUUAGCCAUACUCCAUGUCAUUCUGAAAACACAUCUGGGCCUAAGAAAAGAGAAUCUGAUUCCCUACAAAAAUUUUUUAAAAUUAGUUGAGGCACAUUUGUGACAAACCACUAUUUGAUAUUGAGAUCUCCUUCAGUCAUUGGAAGCUACCAGAUAGGAUAGGUGUGGAACACCUGCUGUGGAAUCUAAAUACAGUGAGAAUAUUUUUGUUUUUCUUCUUUCCUACACUGAUUUUCAUUAAAGCUGAAAGUUUUUAUAAAGUCUGAACUCAAAAUGUAUGCAAUUCAACCUAGCAUCUCCUAAAAUAUGUGUGUGUGUGUGUGUGGUUUUUUUUUUCAUUUCAAUCUUUGCCAGAAGUUCUGUAUUACAAUUAGCUCAGUAAAUUAUUUUCUGAGUUAAUGAUAUCUGGAGUGAAAUAGUUAAUUUUCAAUGAUAGCCAUAGGACUAUUUACUCUAUUUUUAAAGGAAGUUACCAGUAGGAGUGAAAGGGGACAAUAGUCUCUGUAUGUUAAGAUUCAGAAGAUAGAUCACUGGGGAUAAUAGAUUUUUCUUACGGAAUUCCUGGCAAGGAGAGAAAAGUUGAGACCAGGCAUAUCACCUCUUUAAAAAGGAAGCUGGUGGUGGUAUAGCCUAGGGAACCAAACCUAAAUUAAUUUAACUCAACAAAUACAAAUACUAGGCUUUCCCAGGCAAAUCAAGAGCCUUGGAAAAGCACAUCAUCAAAGACUCCAGGAGGGAUCGUGCUCAGAACUCAGGCAGGUGGUCAUCUUCAAGGUGAUUCUUCAUAAAGGAGCUGAGACCAGAUAGUAGGUCCAGGACCAGGGUAGGAAUGAAGUGUCCAGGGAAAGAAAUUGGCAAAAGUAAGAUGCUAGAUCUAGAAGAAGCCCAGUCCUGGAAACCAGCAUGAAAGAACGUUAGGAGAUGCAGCUAGUGGUAGGGAGGGAAAUUUCCAUCAGAACCAAGAAUGGAGGGGUCUUCACCAGCACAAAAAAUCUUUACGGAUGUUGGGACCCAAGAAGACUUGGGUAGCCAGUGAAGGACCCACGUAUAGGCAACCAGAAGUGUAAUCACCACAAAGCUGAAAUAAGGGAGGGUCAGUGCAGCUUGAACUCUCAUCUGGGAUAUCUGCAGGAACUAGAAUUGAUAGGAGACCAUCAGGGGACCAAACUUUAAGGGACUUAAAAAGAUAAAGGCAAAGAUGAUGAGGUGAAGACUGAUACUCUUCUCAGCUCCUGUUAUUGUUAUUUUCUUGUGACUAUCACCAGAAUCUAAAAUUUUAUCCAGAUAAUUGAAUACAUAAAGUAAACCAUCUAUACCUUCAUAUAAUAGACAAUAAAAGCAAAAAUAGACACCCCAGAAAUGAAAAGUAAUAUUUCUAUCUAAUAAAAGUUAAAAACGAAAAACCACAACAACAGGCACAUAAUCAAAUGGUAAGACCAUUUUUAGAAUAAUCUAGAAUAUCACAAACUUGUAUACAUGAAGUGGGUGAGCAUAGAUCCCCAAGAGUAAGAAUAUUCAGUGUUGAUCCACUGCUGUCUGGUGGAAAAGACCAGGGUCUGAGAACAUGAAAUUUCUGGACCCAGGUCUGUUCUGUUUUGUCGUGGGAGUAGGAGGUUCCCCCAGACUGAUAUAUGUCACACAGAUAUCCCUCAAGGUUACCCAAUUCCACCAGCUCACUUUUCCCACACUCACUCAAGCAGCCUUCUAGUCCUCAAAUGAACUACCUACAUAUGUAUAGAAAUAAGAAAGCAUCUAGAUUAGUGUUUCUUGAAUGUUUCCAGUAAGUUCUCUAAGAGCAGAGAAAAUAAAUAGCUAUUCAAAGGUCUUGGAUAGGGUUUAAAAUUCUUCAAAUUUGGGGGAGGUUUAACUUGAAAAUUUUUACAGUCUUUAAGUAGGGAUUUUUGUCUUUGUUCACUGAUUAUGCCAAGUACUUAAAAAAGUGUUGGCAGAUAGUAGGCUCAAUAAAUGUUUGUUGAAUAAAUUAACAAAAUUUUAAAAUGUUUUAAUCGUGCUAUCCAGAAAAACAAAACAAGUUUUCCUCUCUGCUUCCUUAUUUAAUCACAGCUUGGCUGAAUGUACUUAUUUCAUAAAAUUGAGCCAACCUUAAUUUACUUUGUAUAGUAAUUUCUUUUCUUGUCAUAGUGUCACCAUAUUUUGAGAAUGUGAAUCUACUUAAAACUGUGCAUGAAUUGUAAUUUUUUUUACUGUUUUGCAAACUUUAUAAGCAUAAUCCAAUCCAUAAGGUAAAAUACCAGAACAUUGGAAGAAAUUUUGUUGGGCAUCUUUUAGUUGAAAAAUCAAGUGACUCAUGUCAUAUGAAAUAUUUUAAGGCUGCCUCUUUUAUUGUCUUAAGGGAAAAAUAGUUGAAGGGCCUUUUCAAAGGGAGAAAAACAUAUAUGUGGGCUAACUUUUAUCACAUACAAUUGAAUUAAAGUUUCCAAAAUUCCAUUGUCAAUAAAGUCAACUCUUCACAAUUCUCACACUGUUUCUGCGGCAAUCUUAACACACCCAGCAAAAGCUCUCACAACCUCACUCGUAAAGAAUUCACCCAUAAACUGUUUGCUGAAUAAGCCACCUUUGAGAACUACAGUUUAUCCUUAGGCAAAGCAAUGAUUUAUCAUUUUAACCCAUGUUUUAAUCAUUGUUAUAACACAUUUUCAACUCUCUGAAAAGAGUAAUUCCAUUAUAUUGAAAAUCUGUUCUUCAUUUUUCUCUGCCUUAAGCCAGCACAUAUAUGUCAAAGAGCAAGUUUUCAAACUAAUUUUCUAAUUCUUUGCAUAUAUAUCUAAAAAGAUAAGCAUCUAAGUGUUUCUGCUCUAGCGGGUUUUGCUCAGUGGAUAGAGCAUCGGCCUGCAGACCAAAGGGCCCCAGGUUCCAUUCCAGUCAAGGGCACGUACCUCGGUUGCAGGCUU